AUGAAGGUGAUGAAAACAAUCUUCGCUUUAGCCAUCACCAUGGCUAUAACACUCACUCUCACCAUGAAAAACAUCGCGGACGAAGAAGAGAAACCGCCUUUCAAGCUCAUUAAUCCUCUAGACACUGCAUCCAAAGGUCUACCUUCCAAAAGGCUAAGUCGUUUCCUAGCCGAUAAGAACCCUAGAGCAGCUGAUCAUUGUCACAAAGACAGGGACAUUUGUUACGUCCAUGGAAGCCGGAACUCUACUUGCUGCAACAACAAAUGCAUAGACUUGACGACGGAUGACGAUAACUGCGGUGCAUGCAAGCACAAGUGCAAGUUCACAUACUCUUGCUGCCGAGGAGAGUGCGUUGAUCUGGCCUAUGACAAGAGGCACUGCGGGGCUUGCAACAACCGGUGCAUGCCCGGUGGCUACUGUAUAUAUGGAAUGUGUGACUAUGCUUAA